AUGCAGCGAUGGUAUAAAGAGUUAUACUUUGAUGAAACUGAUGAUAGUAUUAAAAACAUUCCUGUAAUUCAACCAAAUCAUAAUAAUAUAUCCAAUGAACAUGUUCUAUCAAAUCAAUCUGAUCAAUCUUUUACUUUUAAUCAGUUUAAGCAGCUUGAUCAACUUAGAAAAACUUCAGAAUUUAAAAUAUUAACUAAAAAGUUUCUUCAAGAUCAUAUACGUUAUAGCAAAAGUUAUGGACUAUUACAAACUGUUUUAAAAUUAGCAAUAGAGAUCAGGACUAAUGAAAAAUUAGAUCAGUGGUGUAAUCAGUUUAUUCAACGAAAAAAAGAGUUGCAAAAAUCAAACUCUAAAACAAGUGAAGAUUAUAAUGAUCAAGAAAACGCUAUUCAAGUUACUAAUCCGAAGGAAAAUGCUGAAGUAAAGGUGACAGCUGUAGCAGAAGCAUUAACUACUU